AUGAGCACACUGUUUGGCGGUCGUCUCUUCAAGGAGGGACUCUAUCUGAUAAAUAAGUGGAAGUUUAUCAAAGGCGAUAAGGUCGAGAUACUUUCAGGAAGAGACAAGGGAAAGCAAGGAAUGAUCAAGUCAAUCAAUAGAAAGCAUAGCACUGUGUUGGUAGAAGGUCUGAAGCUGAUGAAGAAGCUGGCAAAGUCAACAAAGAAUCAUAAAGGAGGUGCCUACACAAAGGAGGCCCCAAUUCACUAUUCAAACAUUGCUCAUAUCGAUCCAAAGUAUAACGUCGCAUGUAAAGUUCAUUUCCAAUUGAUCGAUGGUGUUAGAGAGCGUGUAUCGAGAGCAUCAAGCUCAAUCGUUCCAAGACCAUCAAUUGAUCUGUCAAAGAAGUGGAGAAAGGAUAACAUCGAGGGUCCACUGGACACCCCAGUCAAUGUCGUCAAAGAGAGGACAUACAGUGGCGUCAUCGACAGCAUCGAUCCAAGACCAACCAUUUAA